AUGAUGGAACUAGCUGGAGUCCUACGGGGCAUGCUGCAAAUUAAGGCGAUCAAUACGACCGACUUCGUGUGGCGUCUGCAUUGCCGCGGAACCGUGUAUCUGCUGGUGGUUGCGACACUGCUGCUCUCGAUGCGCCAAUACUUUGGCAGCCCGAUCGACUGUGUUACCGGCCCGGGGGAUUUGUCCGCUUCGACGAUGAACGAGUUCUGCUGGAUCAUGGGAACGUACAUCAGCAAGGACCCCGACUUUGUGCUGGAGGGUACGAAUAUUGUGAAGAUUGGUGCCAAACUGGGCCACAUUCCGGAGCACGAACGAUCGUACCAGAAGUACUACCAGUGGGUCGUGUUUAUACUGGCGUUUCAGGCCUGCCUAUUCAGCGUACCCAACGUCCUGUGGAAGAUCUGGGAAGGCCGACGACUGGAGUCGCUGUGCGAAGGGCUAACGACACCGAUUGUGCCGGACAAAGUGAGACUCUCGAACAAGAAGAAACUGAUCCGUUACUUUGCGCGCGAGUGCAACCAUUCGUUCCGGAAGUAUGUCCAGCGCUACUGCUUCUGCAUGGUGCUGAAUUUUGUCAACGUGCUGCUCUGCAUCCUCAUCAUGAACAUGAUCUUUUCCGGCUUUUGGAUGAACUACAGUCCGGCCGUGAAGGCACUGCUGUCGUUCGAUAUGCCCUCUUGGAACCGUUACAACUCGCAGGUGUUUCCAAAGCUGGCCAAGUGUGACUUCCACUUUGUGGGACCGAGCGGGUCGGCCCAGAACCGCGACGCACUCUGUCUGCUGGCGCUGAACGUGCUGAACGAGAAGAUUUUCGCGUUCCUGUGGGUCUGGUUCAUUUUGCUGGGCGUCAUAUCGAUCAUCAAUCUGCUGUACUGGUGCCUGUUGGUGUGCUGCAGCAGUAUGCGCGAGAAGCUGCUUUACUCGACCGUGCAUCCGAUACGCAUGACCCAUGUUACCGGUGCCCUGGACGGGCAAGGCAUCGGCAAGUGGUAUCUACUGUAUCAGCUGUGCUGCAAUCUAAAUCCACUCGUCGGCCGCGAAAUAAUCUUCACCAUCGCGAAGAUGAAUGCCCGUGACAAUGAGCACCACACGUACCAGAAGCCGAAAUCACCGAAGACCGAUUCUUUCCCCGACGAUCUGAAUGACAUCAUCGAUGAUGAUGAUGACCUUGAUGUGUGA